GACAGAGGAAAUUCCUGUUCAGCUUCCAGUCUUCUUUCUCCAAAAUUUUGCGAGAUAAUAUAUCAAACAUCUUUUGAAAACUUCGAUUUUGUGAGUUUCUCCUCUAUCGAGAACUCGACGUUUUUUUUUUGUUAACUAGCAUGCUUGACUUGAAAUCUGAAUUAAAUUAGUAUUCAGUACUUCCACACAUCAAACAACAAAGCAAACACUCUGCCAUGUAUUCCCUUAACAAAUCAUUCGUAUCUAUGAUUUGCAGUCUUGUGAUAACAGUAUUCUUUACAGAAAAUCACAUCAUGAUGACAACUUCAGAAGGUGGAGAUCAUUUUCAACCCACAUUCAGUCCGUGUUCUUUCAAAGUGACAGACGUCGAGUUAGUCGUAAGUUACGAGGGGAAAACUCUAACCAUCGGUCGAGAGGUGUCUCUUCCUCACGAGAGUAAACUAAACUUUAGAUGUUCUAAAGCAGGCAUAUACAAAUUUGAUGGUCAAACGAAUGUAACUUGUUGGAAUGGACAAUGGAGUUCAACAUUUCCCAGUUGUGUGGCUACAACAAUGCAGAGAAACUUCUCAGAACGAGCCCCACCAACCAUAAUCUACAACGUUGUAAACGGUUAUUCCGAUGUUACUGAAAAUGGAGAAGUGGUAAUUUUGCCAAUUGAGUAA